CGUGUGCAUAGUAACGGCAGAGCCUGUCAGAAUAACACCGUUCAGUUUGUGAGCCGGGAGGCCGACUGUAACUGUUAUGCUCACUGACGUUAGCAGGCACUCAGCAGGCUAAUACGUGAGCUAAGGAUGCUAACCUGGAUAAGUGAGGUUAAGGGAUGAACAGUCGAGGAUAAGACAACCACCUUCAGCUUAACUACAAACAGCAGCCCCACACCUGACAAGACAGACCCCGCUUCGGAACUAACAACCCGCGAGUAAACGGCUGACGUUAGCCAGCCCAGUCACGGUAUUGUAAACAGCUUAUAACCACGCAUUUGUUGAGUCGACUGCAGUCAAAUGUCAACUUAAACCACAACAACAUGAAGAAUUCACCAGGUUGGACCUGAUGGAUAUCAGUGGCUCGCCUCAGUGCCGGUAGUGGGAAGAGGAGCGGGGCAGGAGUCCAGCUUUCAGAGCCACGAUGGCCACCGCCCCGUACAAUUACUCCUACAUCUUCAAAUACAUCAUCAUCGGUGACAUGGGGGUAGGGAAGUCAUGUUUGCUCCAUCAGUUCACAGAGAAGAAAUUCAUGGCGGACUGCCCUCACACCAUUGGCGUUGAGUUCGGGACGCGGAUCAUGGAGGUGAGCGGGCAGAAGAUCAAGCUCCAGAUCUGGGACACGGCAGGCCAGGAGCGCUUCAGGGCCGUCACGCGCUCUUACUACCGGGGGGCUGCCGGAGCUCUCAUGGUCUACGACAUCACCAGGAGAAGCACCUACAACCAUCUCAGCAGCUGGCUGACUGACGCCAGGAACCUCACCAACCCCAAUACAGUGAUCAUCCUGAUAGGUAACAAGGCCGACCUGGAGGCCCAGAGAGACGUCACCUACGACGAGGCCAAGCAGUUUGCUGAGGAGAACGGUCUGUUAUUCCUGGAGGCCAGUGCAAAAACCGGUGAAAACGUGGAGGAUGCAUUCCUGGAGGCCGCUAAGAAGAUCUACCAGAACAUCCAGGACGGCAGCCUGGACCUGAACGCCGCUGAGUCGGGGGUCCAGCAUAAGCCCUCGGCCCCGCAGGGGGGCCGGCUCACCAGUGAGCCAACACCCCAGAGGGAAGGCUGUGGCUGCUAAUGACCGCCGCACCUCUGUUUCUGGCUCCUUCUGUAUAUCUCUAUCACCCCUCUUCCUUUGUCACCCCCCCCCCCCCCCCUCGGACCCUCAGCUGUUCUACCACUGUCUUAGCUGAGUGGGAGGGGCUAAAGAAGGGGACGGGUUGGUGGCAGAGGGGGUGAAGAUGCUGAAGUGUCUGCGUGUGGACUUUCCGCUUGUUUCAUCUGGCUGGUCCCCCCCCCCCCCCCCCCCCCCCACACACACACUAUGAACCCACACACACAAUCCCCGAAUCGACUCGCAGCAGUUUCUCUCCAACGUCGUAAUCUCUCUGUGCCCCCCCUGCCCCCACCCCCCCUCCUCCUCUUCCCCUUGCUCCCCCUCCUCUUCCUCACUGAACACUUUUCAGUGUUGUCCGUUAGCUGCCCCCAAGCAUCACAUGCUCUGGUAGCCUGGCACCAUUUGUACCACAGAUCACAUCAACAUGCGACUGGCAGGUUUAACAUAACGAAACCCAUCAUUUUUAACCAUCCUUCAUUCUUUUUAUAAUCUAUGCUGAAACACUAGUAUGGCUCAAUAGAUGAGGACCUGUCCUGACCUUUGACCCUUAACCCCUGAACCGAGGCCUGCUAGGGUCAAGCAAGGCCUGUUGAGUCUAUUAUGUCACGGUGAGGACUGCAUUCCUGUUUCAUGUUUAAUUUCUCACUCUGAAAACCUCCCAGGCGGCCGCAUCUAAUUUGGUAUUUAUUUGAUUAGUUACCGGUUGUGUCAUCUGAUUUGGCAACGCUGGUAUUAUGGUAACGUGUGUGUGUGUGUGUGUGUGUGUGUGUGUGUGUGUGUGUGUGUGUGUGUGUGUGUGUGUGUGUGUGUGUGUGUGUGUGUGUGUGUGUGUGUGUGUGUGUGUGUGUGUGUGUGUGUGUGGUGUCAAAUAAGGAAUUCCUUUUUGACUUGGACUUAAAAGACACUUAAGAUUCAAUGUGUUUUAGUUUUCCAUUUGAAUGGAGGGAUCCACUCUCUCCCCCCGGUCCUCCCCCAGACUAAUGUUUAACCAUGGAUCUUAUCAUUGUUGGUUGCCUUAUCAUGACUAAUGUUAACUUCCUGUUUUGAAUGUAAUUUUUUUGCUACACUGUCUUUUUAUUGUUAAAUUAACCAACCUUUAUCAAAUUAGGAUUCAUACAUGUAAAAUAAUGCAAUGUUGGCUGUCCCCUAACAAUCUGAGGCCAAACAAGAGAUGAAAUCAAUCACUGAUUAUAUAUAAUCAGUGAUUGAUUUCAUCUCUUGUUUGGCCUCAGCAGAACCCCAACAAGAAACUUCGGGAGGCAUCUGAUUCUAUUUGAAAGUUUUUCCAUGUUCUGUAUAAUAGUGAAUUCUGAUUUGAUGGCUGUAUAUAUAUAUUUGCUUCUUUAAUUAUUGAUGACAAUGCUACUGGGUGGGCGUAGAGAAAGCUGUGGCCUGUACAGUUGUGCUGAGAGGUUGCCUAGAAGUCAUGCUUUCAGGAGGGGGUUGGCUACUGUAAAAUAGUUUAUGAAUUAACAAACAGACUUAAGUGCAACUCAACCAGUUAUUUCCAAACAAUUUGGGUAAAAGUUGGGUGAUAUGCAAAUUAGUAUUUGUCACCUAGUUUAUUUUAUUCUAGUAGGCGGUGACAGGGAAUGUCACGCGUUUCAUGUUUUCCGGGUUUGGUUUGAUUAUUCUGUAUGUCGUAUAAUCCAAUGGAAACUCUCCAUUGCAGUCCUGAAUUGGGACCGUUUUCUGUUCUGGGAGGGGUUAAGUCAACCAUUUAUUUCUACCACCUUUUCAAAACUUCCUGCUUUUCUUUCAAUAGUACAAAAAGUACAUAUGUAUAAAUUGUGACUGGGCUAACAUUUAAAUACAUUCUUGUGUAUAUGAUACAAAAAAUACCUUUUGAUUUUAAUAAUGACAAUAAAAUACUGAAAUACA